ACAAACUCACAGAGCAGCGCGCAUCAUCCCCGAUCCAGCACCCGUGUUCCCCACACCUCGAGAGGGACACCUCGUCGCCGGAGAAGCAGCAAGAAGAAGAUGGCCGGAAGGAAGGGCGGCGAUAGGAAGAAGGCGGUGACCCGCUCCGUGAAGGCCGGGCUCCAGUUCCCCGUGGGCCGCAUCGGGCGCUACCUCAAGAAGGGCCGCUACGCGCAGCGCGUCGGCUCCGGCGCCCCCGUCUACCUCGCCGCCGUCCUCGAGUACCUCGCCGCCGAGGUCCUGGAGCUGGCCGGCAACGCGGCCAAGGACAACAAGAAGACCCGCAUCAUCCCGCGCCACCUGCUGCUGGCCGUCCGCAACGACCAGGAGCUCGGCAGGCUGCUCGCCGGCGUCACCAUCGCCCACGGCGGCGUCAUCCCCAACAUCAACUCCGUGCUGCUCCCCAAGAAGUCCCCCGCCGCCGCCGAGAAGGAGGCCACCAAGUCGCCCAAGAAGAAGACCGCCGCCAAGUCCCCCAAGAAGAAGACCGCAGCCACCAAGGAGUAGCCGUCCUCAUCCCCAUAGCCUAGCCAGUGUUGCUGCUCUGUUCCAUUUCUCAUGGACAAGAUGAGUAGUAGUCGUUUGGUUGGCAGAUCUGUAUGUAGUGCCUGGUAGUCUCUAGUGACCCUUUCCUCAGAUUCGUCGAGCAAAAGGGUGGGCAUUGUAUCUCUGAUUUCUGUGGGAAAUACUAUACUAAAGAUGCAUC